AGAGCAAAACACGGUGCUUGUUCUACAUUAAUAGCCGAGCUCCAUAUUGAAGAUGCCCAGCAAUUUUGAAAUUUUGUUCGCAUGAGUGCAGUUCAAGUUCAAUUCUUAAUAAAUUUAAUAGGGCCUCAAAUUGUUAAACAAGACACAAUAAUGCGUUCGGCGAUACCCGUUUAUGAACGAGUUAUGGUUACCCUUCGAUUUCUAGCAACAGGCGAUUCUUACAGCAGCCUUCAAUAUCUAUUUCGGAUUCCAGUUUGCACAAUUGGCAGAAUUGUAAAGGAAGUAACUGUGGCAAUUUAUGAAAUGCUGAAGGAGUCUUACUUAAAGGUAUAAGUUUAUAUUAAAUGUUUAGGCUUUUAUUCAAGAAGUUUAAUACAAAAAUCCAAUAAUUCACAAUUCAGUAAAUGUUUUAAAUAAACCUGCACAUGAUGAACUGUCUUCGUGUGCCGGUGAUGUUGGCAAUGAUGCUGAUGACGUGGAAGGCGUUCCAUACAUGUGCAUAUCGUAUUCAUCGACGAUCUCAUUAACGGACCUUCUAAUUGCACUUUUAAGUUUUCGUUUAAGAAAAUCAUUUGUAAUCCCUUUCAACUCCAUCGCGACAUAUUGCCCGAAAAUCUCAUCCUCAUCUGGAGGUUUUUGCAGGGUUUGUAUUGCUGAUCGAAACAGUUGGUCAUCAACAUCUGUUUUCUCACGUUUCCGCUUCUUUUGUUUAUUUUCAAUUGUAAUGUUGGUAUUUUCGUUUCCAACAACAUUUAUUUCCUCAUCAAGUUGUGAUUCAAUCUGGAACAAAAGAAAAAAGAAAACGACAUCAUUUUAUUUUCAACUAAAUUUUUCAUUUAAAUUUUUUUUUCAGUUUCCAAACACAAAAAAUGAGUGGUUGUGCAUAGCUAAUUCAUUCCACUCCCGAUGGAAUUUUCCACACUGCGUAGGAGCAGUUGAUGGAAAACAUGUUUCUAUACAAAAUCCGCAUAACUCUGGCAGUCAUUAUUUUAACUACAAGGGAACUUAUAGUAUUAUUCUAUUGGCCGUUGCUGAUGCAAGUUAUAAACUAAUAUACUUUGACGUUGGAUGUAAUGGAAGAAUUUCGGAUGGUGGGGUAUUCCAAAAUAGUUCUUUGCAUCAAGGACUUGAAGAUGGAAGUAUUGAAUUACCCGAGCCUACACCUCUCCCUGGUAGAACUGAUCCUGUUCCAUACUGUUUUUUUGGCGACGAUGCUUUUGCUAUGAAACCGUACAUGUUGAAGCCGUAUCCUUAUCAGAAUCAACCAGCUCCUAAUCGUAUUUUUAAUUACAGACUGUCGAGAGCUCGACGAAUAAUUGAAAAUGUAUUUGGUAUAAUGGCCAAUAAAUUUCGAGUUUUGCGAAAACCUAUUGCGCUUGCCCCAGAGACAGUUUCAACAACCGUGCAAGCAAUCUGCGCACUCCAUAAUUAUUUAUUGUCAGACAAAACUUUGAAAGGCAACUAUAUACAUCAAGAUUUGAUUGAUACAGAAAAUACUGAAACGCAUACUCUAAUACCAGGUUCCUGGAGAGAUGAAAUUCCCAAUAACUCAUACUUUCCAUUGCAAAAAGGAAAGUGAAAUAAUUGUACGCUUUCACAGAAACUAGUGAGAGAUGAAUUUAAAGAAUAC